AUGCUGGAUGUUGUUAUUGUUGGAGCUGGUAUCGCUGGCCUUUCAGCUGCCGUGUCUCUGCGCCGCGCCGGACAUCGCGUCCGAAUCUUUGAGAGGUCAGCCCUGAAUAAUGAGCUUGGAGCGGCCAUUCAUGUACCCCCCAAUGCGGCUCGUGUCUUGGAAGCGUGGGGUCUCGACCCAGUCGCCAUGCGCCUGGUCACCGUGCGCGGCAUCUCUUUGGGUGAGGGAUCCUCACGCCGGGAGCUGAACUUCACGCCCAUGGGCGAUUGGGUCAGGUCAAAGUAUGGAAAACCGUUCUACUUCUCGCACAGGGUCGAUCUCCAUGAUGCGCUGAGGACUAUGGCGGUCAAGCCUGAUGGCAUUGGAAUCCCGGCCGAGAUCUGUUUGGGCCAGGAGGUUGUCUCUUAUGAUCCCGAUGAACCUUCUGUGACUCUUGCCAAUGGUGACAUUGCCAAGGCCAACGUGGUAAUUGCUGCUGAUGGCCUGCACUCAGUCGCUGUCAAGCAUGUCCUUGGGCGGGCAAACCCACCGCAGCCUGAGAAACUCUACAACGGUUGCUUCCGCUUUCUCAUUCCUGCCGAAGAUAUCCAGGCAGAUCCAGCCACCGAGUGGUGGGUUGACAACAGCGACGGACUGCUGAGGCUGUUUACAAACGGAAAGACCUCCAAUCGCCUGGUGACUUACCCCUGUCGAGACAAGGCGACAGAGAUCAAGCAAUGGCCUCUCUUGUACCGUGCACCGAUCCCCACCUGGAGGAAGGGAAGGCUCGUCUUGGCUGGUGAUGCAGCACAUCCGAUGCUUCCCCAUCAGGGUCAAGGUGGAGCUCAAGGCAUCGAAGACGGCGCUGUGCUUGGGCUUGCUUUCUAUGGCGCCACGCCCGAGCAGGUCGAGCAGAGGCUUGAGGUCUACGAGAAGACGCGGCGCAACAGAGCGAGCGCAAUUCAAGUUCUGAGCAGCGCCGGCCAGGACCAGGUUGAUAUGAUUCACGAGGAAGCUGCAAAAUACGUGCAAAACGUCCCAAAAACGCCACAGGAGUUCAGUCAAUUCAAUUGGGGCCAUGAUAUCGUCAGCGAAACUCUCAAGCAUCUUAGAGAACUUGACCCAUCAUUCCAUUUGCCAGAUGGGUUCUUUGAGGGUGAUCCUUACCUGCCAUAG